AUGGCUGAUGCGCUGUGCGGGCCAUCGAACGCCCUCCAGAACUUCCAGAAGCAUACAUCUGUCGAUCGGACCCUUCAGCAAGACCGGUUGACUUCACGUCAAUCGCCUGUUCAGGGUUUUCGAUCCCAGAACCCCCAAGAAGGGAUUCUCGACCAGGAGUUUGCCGCAUUCGAAGGCAACCUCGCUGGCUCUGCACUGCCUAACUUGCAACAUCCGGCCAAUUUUGGAACACAUCUAAAUCAUGCCGCAGUACACCACCCAGCCGCACACGGUGCAGGCAACGCUGGUUGGGCAGCGGACUUCCAGAACUUGCAAAUCUCAGGGCCCUCAUAUCCUGCAGCGCAACUACAACGACCAAAUGUUGCGCCAGCAACGGCACAUGACGGUUGGCACACUGAAUUCAUGACUCAACAACAAGGGCCUAUGUCCCAGGCCCAGCAAACCCCGCGAAUGCAUGGCGCCUAUCAACCAUCUUUUGCGCCAGGUUACCAGAUGUAUGGUUCCAUGAACCAGAUGCAGCCUGGACAGGCCAUGCAGACCGAGCAACAGAACCACACGCAUCAGUUUGACGAAUCCGCCUUUGAGGCUGCCUUUGAUCAGGCACGGGCGGAUCUGGAGUUGCAAGGAGCUGACCUUGCUCAGCAAGAUACCCAGAAGAACAUACAUGAGACCAGUGAACCCGAUGUUUCCGAGCAAGUCAGCCAAGAGCAGAUUCGACUUGGAUCGGAUCUUAUCCCCCAAAGUGACAGCAAACAUGAUCCACAAACCCGUAGUCGAGAUGCAGAUGAACUUGCGCGGACAGCGGGACAACUGCUUGACAGCGUGCGCAACGAACAAAGUCAGAAAUUUCAACAAAGCAAUUUCCUGGCUUUGAUGCGCCGGAUUCGAGAUCGCGAGGUGGAAGUUGAAGGAGAUGAUUUCCGCGAAGUCAGUACCAACCCGUAA